AUGGCUUCCGGUGACAAGAGCAAACUCUCCAGCGGCAUGACCUUUUUCAAGGAGCUCCGUCGUCGUUCGAAGGCCGGGUUUCAUUCGAAGCCGGCCGCAGUCGAUCCGCCGUGUCUUUCUCUGCCGACGAGCAGCGCCGGCGAGUCCGAUAUCAAUGGCUGCGGAGGACUCGAGAAUGGGAACGGCCAUCUGAACGGACACACGAACUGCAAUGGGAAUGGGAAUGGGAGUGCGAACGGGAACGGUAUUGCAAAGUCGUCGACCACCGAUUCCUCGGUUCAUAGCACAAACAACACUCCUCCUCCUUCGAUCAAGCGGGAUCUCUCCUCGAAUCAUCUUCCUUACCUGUCAAAGUCGGAGGGAUGGCUGCCUCCGCCGACUCAACGCAAUUUGCCCAUAGCCACUCAGUCGUGCCGGAAUAGCAUAGUGGGCGUCAAUUCAAUUGCAUCGAACGCGGCGAAGAAUUUCACUCCCACCUCACCUUACGCUCCCAGAGUACACUCCGUCUCGGAUAAUUCAUGGGUUAACCAAAAACUUCUUUUGCUCUACGGGCACAUUGGCGAUCGUGAACCUCAAAAAUCACCCAUUGACGGCACCAUCACCAUUCAUCACCUCCAGGACUCGUUCCCUUCCAUACCCUGGCCGGUCCGCGCCUCUUGUUUUAAAGCUUUGGUUCACCUUGUUCCUGGACCAAAUCGCAUCCGCCUAGAGUUCAACUCACCCAAGGCUCCUGGCGCCACCUCGCAUACCUCCUGGAUAAACAUCAAUUACCUUCCGCUGGUAAACUCGCCGCCUCUCCAGCUCGCUAUCCUCCUCGGCAGUGAUUCGGACGCACAGUAUGAUUCUGUUCCUAACAAGGGGACCAACGACCUGGACAAUGCUGUCCGCAAAUUCCGAAUGGCCGCCUACCUGUGGCAAGCCUUCACGAGCGAGCAGAUGUUCAGGAAUAGUUUCGGCAGGAGAUGCUUCCAUCUCGAAGAGGAGUGGCAGACUGGCAGUCUGAGCGGUCGGGAUGCAGAGAAUGGGAUCAUGCGGAGCGAAGCGAAGAUCCAUAUCAUCAGGUGUGAUAAGACGGUGGAAGAAUUGAGAGCUCUCAGCACCGCGACUACCGAGGGUGGCUUGUUCAAGGUCACCAUGGACGCUGUGCGCAAACAUUUUGACCUGCGUCCCGGCGAACAACGUUAUGUCUCUGUUCUCCUGCUCGAUACCCACUGGGACAACGACACCAAAUCUCUCGAGGCUCAUGCGGCUCUGGGUUCCUCGCAAUCCGCGGAUCUCAAACUGGCUCUCUUUGGCUCUCACGGCCUGCAUAGCUAUCCAUCUUGCAUUCAAGAUAUCGUUUCAGCCUUCUCAGACUGCACUCGUACAGACACCACCUACGUUGCCAAUCCUAACAAUGAGUGUGGAAGCGCCUGGGAAACGGCCAGCUCGUCACUCGGGCGCCACUUGCACGAAAUCGGCCACCUCUUUGGAUGUCAUGACGCAGAAUCGGGUAUCAUGGGGCCAGACUACCUUCGCUUCAACCGUACCUUUAUGACCUGGGAGCCUUACUCUACUCGCACGAAGGAACAGGGUGCUCGUCUCUUACUACAGCAGGACGAGUGUGCCUGGCAUCGCCUUGACGUCCUCCGAUUCCGCUUCCAUCCAUGCUUCAGACUCCCAAGCGACCCACCACCGCCUCCAACUGGUACAAUCCAAGUCUGGCCUGUCGACAGCGGCAAAACACUCAUCAGCUCCAGCGCUGGCAUUGCCUUUGUCGAACUCUAUACCACGCCUGACAACGACACUCCAACGUCGUACAUCGAAUAUGCCGACGCCGAAGCUGGAAGCGGCAACCUCCCCAAACAAAUCAGUUUCACUGAUGCAGAGAUCCGCGGACACCUACCCGACCACGCGCGAAAGGCCAAACAUAUCCGUUUGCGUAUAUACUCAGGCUGUCUUACUUCUUUUACUGUUGCCGAUAUGGCUACACUUAAGGGCAAGAACAAGGAGUGGACUGUCAAAGUACCUACGGGUACGGGACAUGGGCAGUUAAGCUAUCGAGGAUAUAUGGAGAGCGCACAGGGCGAGCGAGACGAGGUAGUAUAUGAAGCGAACAAGCUACUCACCACGGUCAAGGUCUUUGCUGGUGAUAAGCUGGGGUCCGAUGCAGGUGUGCCGAGCAAGGAGACGAUUGCAGGCAUCGAGUUCCGUUACGAGGAUGGUAGUAGCCAGUUGUUCGGAAGCAAGGGUCAGGGGUUGAUCGAUAACGAAUACGUGCUUGACUCACGACGCGGUGAAAUCAUCAUGGGUUUCAACAUCCGUGCCGACAAGGAUAGGGUAUACGGUGUUGGCAUUCUUACAAGUUUCGAGGCACAUUACUUCCUCCGCGGGGAUACAGGAUCACAGGCGUUACUGGGGCAGUAG